AACAAAUUCAGCAAAUAUUAUUGCUCAAUUCAUACAACCCAAAAAAUGCCUAUUGCCUUAUUACAAAACGAUCACGAUCCAGGCCCAACAGAGAGAGCAUCAUCAAAAGACAACCAACUUCGGUUUCUCCUCAUCAUAUAUAUAAACCACCGCUAAUUGUGCUUGCCUCUGUUUCCGCGAGCUUCUCUCACAUUCAUCCUCAGUCGCUUUGGUUUCCGACUCUCUGGACUAUCUGCUCACUGUUUACUCACUUGCCCAAAACCGCGUUCUUCUUGGGAUAGAUAAAGAUUUCACAGAAAUGUUUGGUUUAUAUGAUCGGAAAGUCAGUUGUUCAAUUUCCCGAAUGUUGUGAUUUCGUGUCUGGAUUUUUAGGGGAAAAAAAGAACCUUUCUGCGAUUUCUGGUUUAGGGUUUCAACUUGCCGACGUACGGCAUCGUUUCUAAAAUCUAAAGAUUCCCAAUUUGGUGAGCGGCUGGAGUUGACGAAGUUAUUUUAGUUCGAAAUGGGUUUCGAUAUCGAAUGUAUAAUUGACAUUCAAAACUAUCCUGGUGAAUAUUUUUGUCCUGUGUGCCGCACACUUGUCUACCCAAAUGAAGCACUCCAGUCACAAUGCACUCAUGUUUUCUGCAAACCUUGUUUGUCGCAUGUUGCAAAUAGUACCCGUGCAUGCCCCUACGAUGGAUACUUAGUUACAGAAGCGGAUUCUAAGCCACUAAUUCAAUCUGAUAAAGCUUAUGCUGAAACGAUUGGGAAAGUGAAAGUACGAUGUCUCUAUCAUAGGAGUGGGUGCACAUGGGAGGGUUCUUUGGCUGAAUGCACUUCUCAUUGUCUUGGCUGUUCCUUUGGCAAUUCUCCAGUUAUAUGCAAUAGAUGUGGAGUUCAAAUUGUGCAUAGUCAGGUGCAUGAGCAUGCCCAGAGUUGCCCUGGUGCAUAUCAAGUGCAACAGGCUCCAGAUGGCGCCCAAGGUGUUCCCAGUUCUGGUGUUACUGCUGCAACCGGGGCUGUAAAUCUAAACCAAGCCAACAGCCAGGCCGGGGUUCCGACUUCUGAGGCCCAGAAAUCUCUUUCUGCUUCUCUUCUUCCUGGGCAGGACUUAAAUCAGAAACCUGAUGGAAACCCUCAAGCUUCUGGUACAGUUACAGCAGCGGUUUCGACAGCAGAGCAGUUGUAUCAACAGCAGUAUCAGCAAUAUUAUCAGCAGUAUCCUGGAUAUGGAUAUGAUGCAUAUCAGCAAGCUUAUCAACAGUAUUAUCCAUACCAACAAGUAGCUGUUCAGCAAUACCAGCAGCAACCACAACAGAUUCCUGGACAGCCCAAUGUUCCGUUUGGCCAAACGUCUACCCAGGUGCAGGGGCAGUCCUCUUCACAGACACAAGUCCAAUCUCAAGCUCAGACACAGCAUCCCACCCAACCUCACGUUCAAUCACAAUCUUCUGUUCAAUUCCCGGCUAUCCAACCUCAGACAAAAACUCAAACACAGAUCCAGCCUCAUGGAGCUGCUGCAAUAAAUUCUCAAAUGCAACCUCCAGUCCCUCUAAGUCUGAAUCAACCUCCAGUCAAUCGGCAACAGCAACCUCACUCAGUUAUGCAGUCUCAUGGUCAGCUAUCUGCGCACACACCCCAUGGGAUUCCACCUGCUUUGUCUCAGCAGCAUAACUCAAUUCCCAUGCAGCCUCAACCUCAACCCCAGGCCCAAACCCAGCCUCAGCCCCAGCUCCAGCCCCAGCCCCAGCCCCAGCCCCUUCCCCAUCCCCAGCCCCAGCCCCAUCUGCAAGGCCAGCCACAACCCCAAUCCUAUCUCCAGCCGCAGCUCCCAACCCCUUCUGCUCCCUUGCAUCCUCCACAGCAACAUGUUCCAGCUCAAUAUCCACAGCCACACCUCACCGUGAACAACUCCCAGCCUUCUCAUUUUCAUUUGCAACCACAGAUGCUGACUUCACAACCUCAUCUCCAGCAGCAGAUGCAGCCCCAACUUCAUCCGCAACCUAUUUUACGCCCUUCCCAGGCCAGUCAACCUACGGCACCUGGCUCUCAGUCCAAUCAACCGACUGCGCUUGGUGGCCAGCCCAAUCAACCUGGUGUUCAUGGCACUCAGCCCAAUCAACCUGGUGUUCAUGGCAUUCAGCCCAAUCAUCAUGCUGCUCUUGGUUUGCAGCCCCAACCUGUACAAGCCUCAGGACAUGCAGUCUCUGGAUAUCAGCCCUACCAACAACCUCAGCCUCCCCAGCAGCAUCCUUUGUCUUCCCAUCCAGCAGCCGGGUCGUUUCCUUCUAAUCAGAUGCAGGCGCAGGCUCUCGCUCAACCUCCUUUAAUGCGUCCUUCAUCACAAGGUGCAGUUCCCAAUCAAACGCUAGGGCUGUUUCCGCAAGGUCAAGUCACCAGCAUGCCCCCUGCACAGCAGCAGCAAUUUCACCACCAAAAUCAACCGCUUAGCUAUCAACAGCGUGCUGUAGUUCACUCUAAUCAACAUUCUAUCCCGCAAUAUGUACAACCCCUUUCUAGCUCUGUUCAAAGCAGUCUUCAAACUCAAUCCACACCGCAGCAGUCCCAGCUUCACUCUCAGGGUCCACUGCAUAUGGUGCCUCAGAAUUCUAAUGUUCAGUUACAGCCGAAUGUUUCGGUGGCCCCUGGUGUACAGCUUCAGCAAACCCAGAGUUAUGUGGGAAGACCAUUGAUGCCAAAUCAAGGGUUUCCAGUUCAGCCGCAGCCUGCUGUGCAGUCUUCCGGAGGUUUUGUUACUGGUGCUCAAAUGAGACCUGCACAGAUUGGGCCUUAUGAGCAUUCGACUAAUCACUCCUAUUCAUCUAAUAGCCAAAACCAAAUGCAGACAGCCCCUGGGCAGCAAGUUCCUCAAUCUGUGACGACCCAUGCUUUGUCUCAGGGUGGUAAUGUUUCUGAAAGAGGUGUUAUGUCUGGCACUGGAUCUUCUCAGAUUGCCUCUGAAAGUGUUGCAGAAGGCGUUAUAGUCGAUUCUCUUGAGUUGAGGCCUCUAACUCCUGAAGUUGGCUUGGUUUCUGAGCAAGAAACUAUCAGACAAAGUACUGAUAAGUUUAUAAAUAGUCAACCACUUACUAGGCAAACUAACGAGUUACAUGGAAGAAAAGAUCCUUCUUUUCAGCCUACAGGCCAGCUAUCACUGAAGGAAGAACAUAAGGGGUACUCUUUCGAGAAUUCUCCCGAUGUAGGAAAACAGAGACAAAUUAGCAAUGAUGCUCGAUUGGAGGAUUUGCAAUCCAACAAGAGUCAGAAAAUUUUUCCGAAACCUGGGAAUGAAAUCUUGCAGUCUGCCACUGGGCUUGUUAAUCAGCAAAAGUCUGCUGGUCUUCCAACACCACCUCCUGGACCAUCACCUCAUUCACAAGUUCCUGGAUCUGAAGCUACAGCGAGGCCUCAGGGAUCUCGGGUGUCGUCUCUGCCAAGUCAACCUAUAAACUCACGUGAGCAAUCACAGCAGGUGCCACUGCAGAAGCAGACUCAUGAUGCUGUCCUCAGUGGGAUUUCUGUCUCCACAACCUCAUUUGCUGGGGGGCCUGCCCCUUUUGGUGCCUCGCUGGGGACAUCCGCUUUAUCUGCCGGAUCAGGUGAUCCUCAAGGUGGGAUGAAGGGAAGACCCCCUCGAAAUCUCGAUGGAGAUUAUGGGAAGCUUUCUGGAGAGAGAGCUUUUUUUGGCCACCCAUCUACCAUGGAACCAAAUGCUUUGAGAAUGAAUGGGGGAUCGGGAUUUGACAGAUCUGGUUAUCAAGAUGAGAGGUUCAGGGCUUUACCCGUGGAACAAUCGAAGUCUUUCACAAAAGAUCCUAUUUGGCCUCUGGAUCAAGGAUCAAAGUCAUUUGAUAGGGGGCUGCCACAUGGUUUAAACUACGAUGCCAGGCCCGUAAAGGAUUCUGCUGGCGGUGGUCCCAAUUCCAGAUUCCAGUCUGCAUUUCAUCCUUCUGGUCCUGGGAUCUCUAAGCAUGAUGUGGAACAUUUACCACCUAGAAAUCCUGAUAAGGAUUACUUUGGAAGGAAAGCACCCUCAUUUGGUGAAGGUUCGAGGCUCAACCUUCCUGGCGAUCCACAAGUUAAUCCAUUUCAUGAAAACGGAUUUAUAUCUAUGCCUGGUUUUCCCCGGAGAGGGGAGCAUUAUGGUCCAGAUGGUUUGGGAUUUGUUGAGAAUCGGGUUCCUGAUCUUCAUGACCAUAUCAGGAGAGGUGAUCGCUUUAGGCAAGAAAUUCCUCCCAGCCAUUUCAGAAGGGGUGAUCAUGCACCAAUGGGAGAAGGAGCAGGGCCUGGAAAUCACCCUCCAAAUCACCAUUACGGUGAACCUUACACAGGUAACAAACCAGGUUUGCCUCGUCUUGGGGAGCCUGGUUUUAGAAGCAGUUUUUCAUCUCAGGGAUUCCCUAAUGAUGGGCCUUACCCAGUAAGUGUUUUCAUAUUGUUUUCAUCCUUGCAUGGAUAAUUGAAUCUGAUGUUUGCUCGUCUGGGUCUAAGCAAUUUGCAAGUUUUUUUGAGUAAAUCACUUGGAUUUCAGGGUGGCAUGGCCCACUUUGAUAACUCAAGGAAGAGGAAGCAUAUAAGCAUGGGAUGGUGUCGCAUAUGCCAGGUCGAUUGUGAAACAGUGGAAGGAUUGGACUUGCAUUCGCAAACAAGAGAACAUCAGAAGAUGUCCAUGGACAUGGUUAUGAGUAUUAAGCAACAGAAUCAGAAAAAGGCGAAGUAAGUGAACAUACAAAAUUCCCAGUGGUUCUUAGUUUGGGAAUCAGGAAUUAGUUUGCUUGCUCUCUUUCCUUACAGGUUUUCAAGUGAUCGUGCUGGUCGUGAUUUUUGGAGCAAGAAAAGAAACAGUGGUUUAGAGGGUCGUGGGAAGAAGCUUUGAGUCACAGUCACCUAUUUGUUUGCAGGAUGGAGGAAAAUGAUUGUGCAGGAUGGUGAACCAGUCUUCCUUUAUGUAGUUGCGCUUCGCAACAAAAUUAGUGUCUAGCAAUCUAGGUGAUACAUCUUUCUAUGUCAUUAUUUAUCUGGUUUGGACUGUUUCUUUUUUUCAGUUCAUUUAAGGCUGCUGCUGUUUACGUGGUAUUUUAGCUUUGAAUUUUAAUUUUCUUUGGUAGUUAAAGUGGUUGCUUAUUUUUACCUGAUAGUGACUAUUGGGCUGUAGUAAACUUUGGGGCUCAUGGAAUGGUUUAAUGUAAGCCAAUUAAAAAUGGUUGCUGGUUUGACCUCAGUGUCUCUUAGAACGUAAAAUAAUUUAACUUAAAAAUGAAAAAAGAAGAUAUCAAUUGGACAGUGUCUUCGAGGCUAGUCACACUUCUCUAGGAGUAGCUAUAUGAUUCCCACAGGAAAGAGUAUUGAUGCAUGUUUUGCCUGAAGCACUUAUAUUGUGUAUGUUUUGUAUGUAGAAUGAAUGCUAUCCUUUUAUUAUUAUCAUUUAGAAGUAAGAAAAAGAAAUUUUUUCUUACUGCCUUUGGAAGAUCUUAUUAUACAGUUUUAUGGAGGGAAAGCAGCAAGAUUCCUCGCUACUUCUGUCUUUUCCCAGAUAACAAGGAAUAACGUCAUGGAAACUUUUGGAUUCAGUAAAAACAUUUCCAGCCUGUUCAUUGUUUUUGUCCAAUUGGAUAGUACCUUUUUAGGUUUUUUCUGUAGCAAAAUGAUUGUGUGGAGUAUUUAAAAGUUACUGUUGGUUGCUUCAUCAUAUUGAAACUGUGAAAUCAUUACAGAAAGAAAGAGAUGUAACUUUUUGAUCGAUCAACAAUUUGAUAAAAUCUUUGAUGAAAAGAUCUUGCUGGUUAUCUUUGGCUGAGUGCCGUGCCACAAUUUAUGGGUUGCAUCAGUUUCUAGAUUUAAAAAAAAAACUUGACAUUUUCGACUCUGUUUCACCAGGGAAUCUGGUCUCCGAGAUUACUUCGCCACAAAUUUGAAAUCCUCUUCCAUUUCUUGUCUUUUUCCUUGUGCUCCUCUCUUGUCUGUUUCAGCCUAUAAUUUUCAAUGCAAAUAAGCAUUAAUUUGUGUGGAAAGUAAUCUGUUUUGCGUAUGGGAUAUUAACCUAAAAGUUGCUUUGUUUUCUCAUACUUAUUCUUUUGCUUAUUUCUCUAGUUGCCCAUUUCAGAAUUUAUUCUGCAGAAGGUCUAGUUUGAUAUGUCAAUCAGAUUGUCAGGGACAAAAUACCUCCUUGUACCCUUAAUUCCCCCCCUGCCCGACCAACACAUUUUUCAUUCUUUUCAAUUUUGUGCGUCGCUAAAGUUUAUUUGGAAUGUUGUCAGAUUGAAUUACCUUUUAAUUUUUUUCCCUUUCCAUGUUUAUUUCGGCAAGAAUGAAUGAGAAAUCUGGUUUCCCUAUGUCCUCUACUUUUCAUUGUUUCUGAAAUUAACAUGGCUGUAGAAAUUUUAUGAUUUCAAAUAGAAACUGUGGCUUUCCUGGUUAACAGUUGGUAUUGUUGGCAGUAUUGAAAAUCCGGAAAAAUCUGUGUAAUGCGGAGGAAAAAAAGGGGGUACGAGGUUUGUCUUGUUAUGGAUCAAGAUGGUAAUGGCUCUAUUAGGUUUCUUGUAAUAGAAGCAGUACCUCUUGGGUUGGUUGAACACCGAUGAGUUUUUGUAAUAUUAAUUUGACUCUGCUGAGGAGACCCAGACUCCUAGGACAGGCUUCAUAAAUGUAAUACAUCUUUCAUUGGUCACUGUGGCAAGCGACGGAUUAGCUUUGCUAUUUUCAAAAUAUCAUAGAUAUGACUACCCUGAUCUUAAUUAAGAGCUUACUCCUUCCAGUCAGCUUUGGUCCUUUGUAUGCAGCUCUCUUUAGUUACAUAUAAGAACACUUCUUAAAGUAUUUCAGGUCUAUGAUUUAAUAGGACACCUUCCAGUGUGCAAGUACAGACAAACUUAGUCCCUAAGCUUUUCUGAUGUCAUGAAUUUUUCAGGGCCGCUUAAAAAGUUAUUUAAUAGAGCUUGUCUUGCUGAUCGUCACAUAUUUAUGUCACUAAUAUUGGUAUGGACAUGCAUGUUUCUCAGCAGAAAAUAUUUAUACAGGAAUGUGUUAAAUUAGUGUUCCUUGGCUUAUGUUUUCUAUACUUAAAAAACCAUUUCAAAAGAUCACUUAGAAAGCAACUACGAAUGCUGGAGUGAUUUUGACCAAAUCCUCACUUAAGAUGAGUGAAAUGUAUCAGCUCAAAAAGUGUUUCAUCUCUAGUCAUUGCUUAUAAUGUUUUCCGGCAAGAAUACUUGGCAAUGUGACAAAGUUGCACAAGUUCUGCCGCAUGGAAGUAUAAGGGUUACUAAUUGUAAUUGAUGAGUAAUAUGGAAAAAAAUGUAUAAAUCUCUCCAGUAACUAUUAUUCUCUUUAUUGGACAAGGUUGUCUGAUUAUUUUAGGAUGUGCCAUCUGUUGCCCUUACCUAUGGCCAUGACGAUUGGUCUUUGGUGAGCCUUUUCACUAGAAGACACUAUUUUUGUGUUAAUAGCGUUCGAGGUCCCAAUUUUACACUUUGUUUUGCAUCUCGCACUCUAAAUUAGCAAGCAUCAAAAAGAUGCAUCUAAAAAUUUCACACAUAGACUUCUGGUAAUUGGGAGUUGGGGCAGAUGAAGAAUUGUAUCUAUGUUUUGAUCAUUAAUUAUCAUCCAAAUUGAUGGGAUAAUUACAUGUACCUUUUCGACCAGCUGUAUUUUAUGGAUAUGAAGCUUGGCACACUGUAAAGAUUAACAGAAAUUGGAGCACCAGAAAUAAGAUUUUAAGAGAGAGAGAGAGAGAGAGAGAGAAUUUAGAAGAAUGCAUUAGAAAGUGAGGUGAGAUAGGCUCAAUUGAUGCACGAAUGAGCAAAUGUAAAACUUGGUUACAUUGGUUCUUGGCAAAUCAGCGAACGUAUAGAAGGCAUUCAUAGGACCGAGUAUGAUAUUAAUUAGAUCAAAUGUAACUGAACAUAUUUAUAGGAUUUGGAUUCAUUAGAUAACUCUUUGAAUGUAAUUCAACAUGUCCAAAUUUUUUUCCUGAGGCCUUGAAGUUACUACAUAAUAUUUAAAUUAAUGGUUUGGCUGUUUAAAAAUCUACUUGAAAUGAUGAAAACAAAGAGGCAUACUGCUGUUAUCCUUGAGUACGUCAAUAAAAAAGAGAUGUGAAGUAGUAAUGACUAUUAGUGCAGAUACUUAUAUAUCUACGUCUGUUUGCUAUACAUUAGUUGAUCCCAAAUUGAACUUUCUUGACAACUCCAAGCUUACUGAGUUAAAUUCACUGUUAUUUCUUGGUUUUCUCGACUGUAUUCUCUCUUGUUUUUAUUCCCGACAGUUUUUUGGUUUUGUGGUUUUGACAGCUGAUAGGUUGCUAUUGGACCUUAAAGUGGGUGCUAUUUGGUAACAUAUGAAACCUUAUAAGUCCAAUUGGCUUGGCUUUAAAUAUUUACGGGCCCAUGUUACUCUGGAUGUACUAGGAAUAUCUGAGUAAUGUGACAUCACCUAUAAUGACUUCUUACUCAUUUACUGUCAGCAUAUUUAAUAUUAAUGGUUCCACUUGGCAGGAGAUACUGGGAAUAAAUGUGGCAUCAGCAAUAAUGGCAAUUUACUGCUAUUUAUUACUCAUUUAAUGGCAGCAUCAAUAACUAUCUAAUUACAAAGUUAGUAGUGUAAAUUUUAAUUGUUGGCAUGGCCCUUACCCCCUCUGUUUUGCUUUGAGUUUCCGUAGAUUUGGUUAUCAUGUGUGAAUCUACAUAUUGUGUUCCCAAUUGCUGCUGGGAUUACUGCGUUUUGAAUAAAUUUGACGGUGGAAGUUAUGGUUACUAAGGUUGUCCAUUCUGAACUAGCAAAAUUGAAGUCUGUUAUCACAUUGUUACCAAACAAGAUGAUGGGACACCUGAUGUAUUGAAAGAGGUUUCUAAUGGUCCUGUCAUUUAUUUCUAGUGUUUUCCGUCUCUAUUAUGCUAGGACUGAGAUAAUUCUGCAGGCAGUUUUCAAAAUUUUCUUACAUGUAGAAGCCAAAAUAUAAGUGGAUUCUGGGAGUGUGGUCAGUACAAAUAAAGAUCGAGUAGAGGAGCUAUCAGGAAAGAUCAAUGAUUAGAAUCACAGUAGCAAGUAGAUAAUAGAACUUCUGAACUCUGACCUACCAAUGAUGCUGAUGUGCCGAGUGAUAUAGAUGUUUAUGACGAAAGACUUUCUAGGUUCUACAAUCUAGUAACUAUAGGACUUGAUUCUAGGCUGAUGUCUAAUUCAUGUAGAAUGUUUCUAAGAUUUGACUUCAAGAUACAAGACACAAGACCAUAUCUUAAUUAAAAGAUGAGGAUACUCACCACAAGAACAUAUAUAAAUUCGCAUGAAUAAAAUAUUAUUUCUGAUAAUGCUUGAACAGGCUCUUCCUAACCAACGUUCCAGACACAGAUAGUGAUCUUCAAAUGAUGCCUAAUCUAAUCUAAGGGAAAAAAAACCUUGAUUUUUAGCCUUUAUAUGGUCCUUUUGGGAUUGAUUCCAUGACUAUGGCACAAUGUUGGUAACUGAGUUUAGUGAAUAUAAAAUCCAGACAAAUACUUUUCUAGACGAGUUAUUGGCUACCUUGCCCUUCUUUUUCGUGUGCUGAAGUUGGUCUUAUUUUGUAAUGUUAAAUUUCUCUUGAUGUCUUUGCAAUUCUUUUUUUUUUUUUUUUUAAUCAUAAAGAAGAGCCUUCAGCUUUUGUAGUUCUUCCUUGAUACCGAUUGACUUUUGCAAUUUAGUUAUGGAAGAAACUCUUACAUUUUAUACAUUUUCUUUUUUCUCAAAAAGUGGGGCCUAAAGCGAAGAUAUGGGUGAUCUUUCUUAAAUGGAUCCUGGACAUCAAUUACUGCUUCCUCAUUCCAAUUUCCAGGUUUGUAGCAUUCCUCAUGCUGUGGAAAUUUUGUUGGAUUUCCUAAUGCUUCUUUUCACUUUGACGCUUUGUGGCUCAUGUUUCAAUCUAACAAAUUGUUUUCUGCUUGUUAUCCUAAUAAGAGGUAUUAGUCAUUUAGUACUUCCCCUUAGAAUUUCCUUAUGGAAUUUGGGAGAAUAAAAUAUUUCUUAGGUUUGGUAUGGUUAUUAUUCUUGAUUUGUGGGGAAAGUGUAGGGUCUUUGAAUGCAAUUGAUGGGCUUGUUAGGUGGAAGUUUUUGAGUAAAGUGGACUCUCCUUUCUAUGUACAUGAAAUAUGGAGAUUCUGGUGGAAGUUGUAAACUUGUGUUUUCAGAAUGAGCCUUUGGGCAUCUUUGGCUAUGUUUGGUAUUCCUCUGUAAUUUCCAUCCUAGGGAGGUAUCAUUGGGUUUGGUUCCUCGGUUUUGGAUGUGGUCUCCUUUCAUUAGGUGAUCAGAAAAGGGAUCAAUUCAUGACCUUUUUGUUUGGUUGUACUGGAACAUGAUUCUGAGUCAGACCUUUGGUUCAUGAAGCUGUGGUGGCAUUGUGCAUCUACCACAUAACGAAGACUAACUUUUGAUUAAACUAAAUCUAUUGGGGGAAUAGGCUGUUUCUUUGGGGGUUUUUUUUUUCCAUCCCCUAUUCAAGUCUUGUAAAGUAAAACUAAUUCAGAAUUUUAGUGUCAGUUGUAUGUUGUACAGCAUGAAUGAAGAUGUGACCGUCCAUGAUCAAAUAUAUUUUACAUUUGGCUCAAUACCGUUUUUAUGUGGAGCCUUUUUAAUCCUUGGAUGAGGAAGAUAUUAAUUGUAACAAACUGGAAUAUGUUUUAGAAUGCUGGUACGCUUUUGUUUUUCUUGUGUAGUUGACCCACAAGUUUUUGCUCUAUUAGAUACUAUUGGUUAAUAUGCUAAUUAUUGGUUAUAUAGUUUGGCAGUUAGUAUUGGUGGUUUUUGGUUGUUACUCCUAGUAUGCAGUAUUGGCAGUUGAAUUAGUCUAAAUGAUUUCCCAUGCUACUGUGGAAACAUUUAGAGUUGUGAUUGCCCAUCAGGAAAGUGACUUUUAUGCGCAUCAAAUAUGUAAGAUGUUUUCCUGUUUGGAAAUUUUCUAGAGAACUGUCGUCAUAGCUACUACUUUUUGUUCCUCAGUUGUUCAGCCGUAAUUGUAUUUCAUAUGUCAUGCCAUCCUAUAGAUUGAACAUACGUGAGGAGGGUCGAAUCAAAGAUUCAACUUUGUAUCUAUUUUCAUGAGAUGUGCUAUUGGGGAACGCAAGUGGGAAGGGUCGCCUUUGUGCGAGGACAUGAAGAAUCAGAUCUGCCUAUAGGAAAAUCUAGUGAAAAUUAAAGAAAAAUUUGACUACUAAUUGAUCAAACUGUUCCAAAGAGAGACUUUUCUUUUUCUACGUAUAUUUUUUAGCAUUGUUUGGUCGAUCAUCUUUGCUAUGGAGUUGCUUUGUUUCAUUGAGGAUCUGCAUCGAAGUGUGACGAGGAAUAAUGAUUUUGGUCUUUGAGCUGUAAUAAGCUAUUGGAGGAAACCAUGAGCUUAUUUUGAAACUUUCAAAGCUCAACUGAGGUUAAUUCCUUUUGUGAUAGUGGUAGUAAGUUUCCUCACUGACAUUGACCUAUAAAACUACUUUUUAGUUUGAAUGCCUCUUUUACAAGUCUGAAUUGUGGAUGAUCAUAAUGUCAUAGGAGAAAAGAAUACAAAACGACACUCAACAAAAACAAGAGAAAAGAAUUGAGAAGAAGGUAUUUUGAAAACUGCUGUAAAAAUAGAACUGGAAGAUUGAAACGAGACCGUCACUAAUUAGUAAUCCAUAAUAAGUUUUUUGGGCAUGGUUUUCUUUUGCUUCGGUCCUGAAUGGUAAAUCCACAAUUUACAUUGCAUGUGAUUGUGAUAGUGGUGACUAGUAAUAAGGGUUACUAAAGGUGGAAAAAAAUUUCUUUUGGGAGAAAUACUGGACGAAAGGAGUAGUGAUAUCAUCUCAACUCUCAUCCCUCAGCUAAUGUGCUAAGCUGAUUCGUUCCAGAACUACUUCACUAAUGUGCCUUGAGGGGCACUCUCUUUUCUUGCCUGGUGCAUCUUCUUUUUUGUAGGAUACAUCCUUAGCAAGCACUGAGGGAUCCUGUCUGAGCAGGUGUGAAGAGUUAUCAAAGGCCGAAAAGCCAAGCGGUUUGCUGAAAUCCGGACAGCAACGGUUUCCAUAGCUUUGUACAUACGAUUCACUGAAGGACAUCUGAAUGUAUUUUUUGGCAGAUUAUAUUUGUUGUUGUUUUUUUUUUUGGUUAUUAUAUACUACAACAAAUUCUCCUUCAGUUUUGUAGAAGAAAAUCUGUAUAAUUUGAAGAGAUUUUCAUAUUUAUAGCAGAAAUGGUUUGACAAGCUCAA